AAUUACUGCUACUCCUUGCAAAGGCACAUUUAUCACUCCUAACAUGGAUGCGUCAAGCGUUUCCAUGGAGCCUUCUUCAACAGAACAGAUUGAAGAAAACAAUCCGUCUCCUUCAAGCUCACUGCAGCUUCCAAUGAAAGUGGUAGAGCAAAUCUGGGGAUAUUUGAGCAUCAGAGAUCGUGUCAAUGUUCAGGGUGUUUCAAAAGCAUGGCGUGAUCAUAGCCGGACAAACGCAUACAUUUGGAAAAAUAUGCUUCAUUUAGAAAAUGACGAUCAGCAUGACAGACCAGAUAUUUGCAGAGAUAUGCGAAUCUUAUUGCACGCUGGAAAAUGGACAAAGAUGAAUUUCUCCAGCCUUGCCAUUUCACUUCAAACAUCAACAAAAGAACAGAUUCAAGCGUCUAAGCACCUUCUUGAUCUUUUGCCUCAAAUGAAAGUACAAAAUUUGGUAAUCACUUCAAAGACCAGCGCAAUUUUUGAUUGUUUGUCUAAUAUGCGUCAACAAAAUACACUUCACGAAUUUGAAAGUAUUUCGGGUCUCUAUUGCUUGCCCGAAACGGAAAGAGAGGAAUGUAUCGACUUUCUUUACGCCAGGAUGGAAGCGCUCGAUCUUGAAGAUUAUCCCAUAGUUUGGACGCUGCUCGAAUCUCGUUUGAAGAAAGCAAAAGCAAGUCAGGAUCGAGCCCUUUUCAAAGCUGUUUCAAAGUGCUCAAGAUUACGUUCAUUGAUCUUAGAUGUAGACUGCGACGUAUUGUCUGAUCUUUCGCAAGAUAUGCCAAUCAGCCAAUGCAAGUUAGACAUUCUCAGCGUUCAGAAUACGACUGGUGAGCCGGCUUCUUUCUUGAUUACUAAACAUUACCAAUCAAAGUAUGCUAUGGUCAAGAAAGCUCGUGUUAUUGAUUUGGUAGACUACGAGAAGAUAAAGUGCAAGAAAAUGCUAUCCAAGAUCUUAUCUGAAGCAUCUCAAACGCUUGAAUAUUUCUCUGUCAACUUGGACACUCCAUCUUUAGGAGAUGAGUGUGAUCGACCAAACUGCGACUGUAUCACAGAUAGUGUCGCAAGGAUUGCUAAGCUUCCAAAUUUAUUCUUUCUUUGGAUGAAUGUCGAAAGCUCAAAGAAACCUGCAGCCAAGCUCAGAUGUCCCAAGCUCAAAUUUCUGAGGACGAAUACCAUGCAAAGUAUGCACUUCUUUACCGAGAUUCCAUCAAUUGAGACACUGUUUAUUACUGGCACACAAAGUAUGGAUGGUGACUCAUGGACUUUACUUUCAAACAUUGCAGCAGACCGAUUACAUACGUUGUACAUUUACAGCGAUUGUCUAUUGGAAGCACAAUUUUUCGACUUUUUCCUUCAAGCCGAAAAGUAUCCGCAUUUGCGAAAAAUCGUCGUGUUGGCUUCAUUGGAUCCUUUGUUCAGAUUGAGGAUCAAUAAUUUUUACAAUUUGAGUGCAACACAGCUCUACAGCGUUCGCAAAAUUGAUACAUUAAUCUGGCAAUGCGCAAAAGAGGAUGAAUACCCUGGCAUUGACACUCGAGACUAUAUGCGAGAGCAUUUCUCACCUAAUUUCAGGUGUGUCAAGCAGGUAUCAGAUGAUCCGAUCAACGAGAUGGAGUAUUCGACUGAGUUAAUGGGAGAAUUUGUUCGAUGCAAAUUGAUUGACAAGAUGAAUCACUUUCAGCAAUUCCUCCAAAGGGAACAUCAAGCUUGGCCAUUCAUCAAUCCAGAUAGCGCUAUCAGUAGUGAUACUCUAGCAGAUCUUUUUGCGGACGCACAGAUCGCGGGAGAUAGCUUGGCUCGUGCUAGUUCACCUUGUGAGAGCUUCUAUUUCUACGAAGAAGAUGAGCAAGACAGCAACGAUUUUUCUUUGGAUUCAAAUUCUGACGAGGCAAUUUAAAUGCAGUCACCCAUGAAAGGUAAGUUCGUACAUACUGUUCAUAUACCUACUUUUCGAUACAUAUACCCCUUCCUUCGAGUCACAUCACUGUAUUCCUAAAAGAUCAGUAUCCCACUUGUAAACUUCUGUAUAACAAUGUCACUCUUAUUCC